CUUCUCUUCCUUUCUCAUACUCUCCUCUCUUGCCCAUUUCUCGUACCGUCUCAUGUGUUGAGUCUGAUCAAAGUCGAAAUCAUUCUCUACUUCCCUCCCUCCCUUCCUCCUCCCUUUCCUCGCCCGCAUACUUCUUCCAUACUUCCCUCACACAAUCACCAUCGUAGCCAUGGCUGCGUCCUGGUGCGCCCUGCGUGGCUCUCGCCAGCUUGCUCUGCGCACGCGAGUACGCUCAAUUCCUUCCUCAAUUGCUACUCGCCGAGUAUCUACACCCCUCCUUCGUUCUCUCCACACCACCUCCGAACAGUCCUCGUCUCCGCGUCGUCAUGUCUAUACCAGCUCCAUUGGCGACCACGGUGAUCCUCAUCCCCGCGAUCUCUUCCAGCCCCUCGACACUUUCCCCAGACGUCACAUUGGCCCUGCUCCAGAUGCGGCUCAGGAGAUGCUGGCCACGCUAGAUCCUCCGGUAGCAUCGCUCGACGAAUUUGUGAAGCAGGUCCUCCCUGCCGACAUUCUCUCCAAGAAGGAUCUGACCGUAUCACCUCCGAGCUCCAACGCGAAGUUGUACCGUGACAGUGUGCACGGUGGCUUGGGUGAGACAGACAUGCUGAAGCUGCUCGACACCUACCGCAAACAAAUCGAUGUCUCGGGCAAAACAUACAUCGGCGCUGGCUACUACGGUACUAUCGUGCCCCCAGUCAUCUUGCGCAACGUCCUCGAGAACCCUGCUUGGUACACCAGCUACACCCCCUACCAGCCUGAAAUCAGUCAAGGUCGCUUGGAGUCCCUCUUGAACUUCCAGACUUUGACUGCCGAUUUCACUGGCCUGCCCUUCGCCAAUGCCUCCGUGCUGGACGAAGCUACUGCCGCAGCUGAGGCAAUGACCAUGUCCCUGGCUACCGUGUCCAUGGCCAAGCAGAAGAAGCCUGGAAAGUCCUACGUGGUUUCUAGCCUCUGUCACCCUCAGACUAUUGCUGUGAUGCGCUCCCGUGCUGAGGGCUUUGGCAUCAACCUGGUUGUUGGAGACAUUCUCGCGGAUAACUUCAAGCUCGUGAAGGAGCAGGGUGACAACUUGAUUGGUGUUUUGGCACAAUAUCCCGACACAGAGGGUGGAAUCUAUGACUUCCAGGCCCUCAGCGACACGAUUCACGGCGCCGGGGGUACCUUCAGCGUGGCCACGGAUCUCCUGGCCUUGACCAUGCUCAAGGCGCCCGGUGAGUUCGGUGCUGAUAUUGCCUUCGGAAGCGCCCAGAGGCUGGGUGUCCCCAUGGGUUUCGGUGGACCCCAUGCUGCCUUCUUUGCUUGCAUCGACAAGUUCAAGCGCAAGAUCCCCGGUCGUGUCGUAGGUGUCUCUAAAGAUCGUCUGGGCAACCGUGCCUUGAGACUGGCUCUUCAAACCAGAGAGCAGCACAUUCGUCGUGAAAAGGCCACCAGCAAUAUCUGCACGGCCCAGGCUCUGCUGGCUAAUAUGAGCGCCAUGUAUGCGGUCUACCACGGUCCGACCGGCUUGAAGGCCAUCGCUCAGCGCAUCAUGUCCAUGACCGCUACACUACAGGCGCAGCUUUCCGCCCUGGGAUACAACGUGCCGGUCCAGUCUAACUCCGCUGACGGUGGUGCUCUCUUUGACACGGUCGUUGUCGAGUUGGCCAACAGCCAGGAAGCCGACGCUCUCAUGUCUGCCGCACGUCAGAAGCACUUCUUCCUCCGUCGGGUCAACGAGACCAAGAUUGGAAUUUCUCUGGACGAGACUGCUGGCCGCGAAGAAGUGAGAUCUGUCCUUCAGAUCUUCGCUGACCAUGCUUCUAAGGGUGAGGUUGUCUUGGAGGACAGACUUGCCGUGGCCACCGUCCCUGCCAGCCUGGAGCGGAAGUCGGAAUACCUGACGCACCCCGUAUUCAACUCCCACCACUCAGAGACUGAGAUGCUCCGUUACAUUCACCACCUUGAGUCUAAGGAUCUGUCUUUGGCUCAUUCCAUGAUCCCUCUUGGUUCUUGCACCAUGAAGCUUAAUGCAACCACCGAGAUGAUCCCUGUCUCGUGGCCCGAGUUCUCUCAAAUUCAUCCUUUCAUGCCAGCCGACACCGCCAAGGGAUAUACUCAAAUGAUUGACGACCUUGAGCAGCAGCUUGCCGACAUUACUGGUAUGGCCGAGGUCACCGUGCAGCCGAACUCCGGCGCUCAAGGCGAAUUUGCUGGUCUGCGUGUGAUCAAGAAGUACCAAGAAGCCCACGAGGGCUCUAAGCGCGACAUCUGCCUGAUCCCUGUUUCUGCCCAUGGCACCAACCCUGCUAGUGCGGCCAUGGCUGGUAUGCGCGUCGUCACUGUGAAGUGUGACACUAAGACCGGCAACCUCGACCUCGAGGACCUCAAGGCUAAGUGUGAGAAGCACCAGGAGAACCUGGCUGCUUUCAUGGUCACGUAUCCUAGCACCUUCGGUGUCUACGAGCCUGGUGUCAAGGAAGCCUGCAACAUCGUGCACCAGUACGGAGGCCAGGUCUACAUGGACGGAGCCAACAUGAACGCUCAGAUUGGUCUGUGCUCCCCCGGAGAGAUUGGUGCUGAUGUGUGCCACCUGAACCUUCACAAGACUUUCUGUAUUCCCCACGGUGGUGGUGGUCCAGGUGUCGGUCCUAUCGGUGUUGCCGAGCACCUGCGCCCCUUCCUCCCCUCUCACCCCGUUAGCGAAUACCUUCAGUCUAAGCGCGCUGAGACUGCGUCUCCCCCGAUCAGCGCUGCUCCCUGGGGCAGCGCCAGCAUCCUGCCCAUCACUUUCAAUUACAUCAACAUGAUGGGGGCUAAGGGUCUCACGCACGCGACCAAGAUCACGUUGCUUAACGCCAACUACAUACUCGCGCGUCUCAAGGAGCACUAUCCUAUCCUGUACACCAACGAGAAUGGACGCUGCGCGCACGAGUUCAUUCUCGAUGCCCGCAAGUUCAAGGACACCUGUGGCAUCGAGGCUAUCGACAUCGCCAAGCGUCUUCAGGACUACGGCUUCCACGCUCCGACCAUGUCGUGGCCCGUGUCCAACACCCUCAUGAUCGAGCCGACCGAGUCGGAGAGCAAGGCCGAGCUCGACCGGUUCUGCGAUGCCCUCAUCUCUAUUCGCCAGGAGAUCGCGGCGGUCGAGAGCGGCGCUCAGCCCCGUGACGGCAACGUCCUGAAGAUGGCCCCGCACACGCAGCGCGACCUUCUCUCCACCGAAUGGACCCGCCCCUACACUCGCGAGACUGCAGCCUACCCUCUCCCUUACUUGGUGGAGAAGAAGUUCUGGCCCUCGGUGACGCGCGUGGACGAUGCCUACGGUGACCAGAACCUGUUCUGUACUUGCGGUCCUGUGGAGGAUUCUGCUUAGAUUUGAUGAUACCCAUGCAUGCUUUUUCUUAUUCUUCUUAAUGUUCCUUUGGUAGUGGGGUGACGCUGUCAACUUCAACACUUGAUCCUACCUCGGAUUACACCUUCCGCAUUGUGGUUGUGCCAUACGGUUACGAUGCAAUUCAACAUGACGAUAGAUGAUUUGGGCGGAUUAGGCGUUAUAGACUUAGAGCAUUUUACCCUGGAAUGAUCCAGUCGCUGGCGAGGUGACGAGGCGCCGUUAUGAUCAAAGAGCAGACAAACAAAAAUCAAGAUGUG